AUGUUCUGGCUGGCUUUCGAAAGUUUCGAAGAAUUCAAGUCAACACAGAUGCUUGGACAAUGUAUUGACACAGAUGCUAGGGAAUUGUAUGGCCGCCAAAGUUUACUGGCCUUUAGUAUGGCUGGUGGUUAUAUCGUACAGAAUGUUUCGGGACUAGAAUACUUGACUGGAAACUGGAGACAAAGGGCCAAUGUUUUCCCAACUUCAAAUCUUUCAACUCGUGUGUUGACGAUCGGCAUACCGACAAUAAAAAGGGAGAAUAAAACAUACAUAUUUGAAACAUUAGAUUCUCUUUUCAACUGUUCUACCGAGAAAGAGCGUGAAAACAUUUACAUUGUCAUACUCCUAGCGGACUUCAAUAAGGAAUGGAGAGACGAUAUGAUUAUAAUGCUCAAACAGAAGUAUCCAGGCCCUGUUCAAACAGGUCUAAUACAGGUUAUUGAGGCACCAACCCAGUUUUACCCGCCAUUUACAAAUCUACAUCACACAUAUGCAUUUCAUUCCAAGGAGAAACGGAAAUGGCGCGCAAAGCAGAAUUUCGACUAUGCCUUUUUGUUUAUGUACAGUAAACCACUGUCCAGCUACUACAUGCAAUUAGAGGACGAUGUUUACACAAUUCCUGGAUAUAUUUCACGCAUUCAAAAUCAUCUAUUGUUUCAUAGAGAUUGGGUUUGUUUGGAAUUUUCUGAGUUAGGAUACAUCGGAAAGACUUAUCACUCCUCAGAUUUAGAAAAACUGGCAAAAAUGAUAUUACUGUUCUAUGUAGAACAACCUGGAGAUUUUACAUAUUUACAUUUCAAUACUUUGAUGUUACAGUUCCACAGAAUAAUAGUUCAACCAACUUUGUUUCAACAUGCUGGUUUACAAUCUUCUCUCCGAGGAAAGAUUCAGGAUUUGAAAGAUAACCUUUUCGCUUCCGAACCCAAACUGUUCCAUGGAGAUAAUCCCCCUGCUAAAAUGCUUACAACUAUACCGAAUCUUAACCCUAGAAAUCCGUUAUUUACGGCGUACGAUAUGGCAAAUGGUAUUUUCUGGACAAAAUGCGCUCCGAGAAUAAAUGAUACGAUCACGAUUGUGUUUGAUACCCCCCAACCAAUUGAUCAAGUAAUAAUUGAUACUGGAACAAUAAACAAACCAAAGGAUAUUCUUUCGAAUGGAAGACUGGAUGCCGGCUUCAGUGUUGUUAAGAAUCAUACUAGUAGUAAGUGUUCACAAGAUGUGUUUCUAGGAACUUUCAAAGAUGGGAAGAUAAAUGCUACAAACGUAGCUGUUAAACUUGGCUGCAACAAGGUGCAUUGUUUAAGUAUAACCGUAACAAAGAACCAACCAUAUUGGCUAAUUCUUAGAGAAAUCGCAGUAUUUACAAAUAAUCUUUCAAAAACUGGAAAAAUCGUAAAUCCUUAA